GGGAGGAGGGAAGGUAGGUUGAGGCCCAGAUCUGAAGACAGCUUGCCAUGCUUAGAGCCUCAGCUCCAAACAAGUUCCUUGACCUCCGCGGGCCUCCAUCUUCUCAUCUGUACAGUGGGCCCAGGAUACUCCGCUAAGUGAGGUAGCACUGACCUAGAAGACCCACAUCAUCUCACGAGCAUUUCUGAUUUAGCAGAGUUUGGCCGUAUUGCACAAUGCUGCUUUACACCUGUCUUCUCUGGCUGAUGACCAGUGGCCUUUGGACCAUACGGGCUCAGGAUACCAACGAGAACGUGAGCGUCAAGGGUGCUUAUAGGAAACUAGCUACAAACAACAUUGGAUUUGCCUUUAGCCUGUUUCAGCACCUACAGAGCUUGGCUCCUGAUGAGAAUAUCAUCUUCUCCCCUAUAAGCAUCUCUAUGGCCUUGUCUAUGAUGGUCCUCGGCGCUGGUAACCAGACAGGCACCCAGAUCCUUCAGGGCUCUGGCUUCAACCACAGUCCAAUUCCCAAGGCCGAUAUUCUCCAGAGUUUCCAGCAACUUUACCAACUCCUCCGGCAGUUGGAUGACAGUUUGGGAAUGAGCAUGGGAAACACAUUGUUCUUCCAGCAGAGCCUGAAGCUUAUGGAUUUAUCCUCAGAUGACCUCAAGCGCUACUAUGGGUUGGAGAAUGUGGCUAUAGAUUUCAAAAACUGGGACAGAGGCAGCAGCCAAAUUAAUGAAUAUAUCAAAGAGAAGACAAGGGGGAAAAUCUCAGACUUGCUCUCGAAGCUGAAGGACCCAACCCCCCUCACGCUGCUCAACUACAUCUACUCCACAGGCCUCUGGACAAAACCCUUUGACCCAGACAACACCAAGGAGGAGAACUUCUUUGUGGAUGACAAGACCAUAGUUAAGGUACCCAUGAUGACCCAGACAAGCGUCUUCAAUUUCCUGUAUGACCCAAUACUGGACUGCACGGCGCUACAGUUGGACAAUGUAGGCAACAGAACCACAUUGUUCGUCCUACAGCAUGGGGAUAAUAAGGACAGGCUCAUUCAUGAACUGACCCAGGAUACUCUGAUUAGGUGGUCCCAGUCCAUCGUCACCAGUCUUGUAGAAGUCAACGUCCCCAGACUCUCCCUGUCUGGCACCUAUGACCUCGGGGAUAUCAUGAAGUCCAUGGACAUCAUAGACUUGAAGAAGGAGCAGACAGACCUAACCGGCAUCACUGGCAAUGCCAAACGGAAGCUGUCAAAGGUGCUGCAUGCGGCCCAGCUGGAAAUCAUGGAGCAAGGCUUGAAACCAGAGGUCCCCACAAAUGACAGCAUGUACAGGAACCGCAGACCUGCCAUCAUCCGCUUUGACCGGCCCUUCCUCGUCAUGGUCUUUGACAAAGUCUCCUGGAGCAUUCUUUUCCUGGGCAAGGUGAUUAAUCCCGUCUAAGAAACUGGCAUGUGCAGCGACGGUGACCUCUGGAUUUAGACUUGGGACUGUUUCUAAUUUCCCAGGGAUCUCUCCUUAUA